GUUUUGUAAACUGUAAAAAGAAACAUGGCGGGUCCGAUUAUGGACACUGCUUGUAUUACAUAUGAAGGGGUUUCUUUUGAACAAGAUCUAUUCCCAAGAACUAAAGAGCCAAUAUGGAUUCUUGGAAAGAAUUACUCUACCAACAAAGGUAGAGAUAACUUUACUUUCAACCCUGAUCUCGUGAAAACUCAUAUUUGCCACAACGCAACUCUGCUGUAAAAUUUUUCACUCGCUUUGUUAUUGUUUGGGCGUCAGCAUUAACUCCUGCGUUAUCUUGAGGAUGCAUUCAUGCGCUAAUCUACAGUAACUGAUUUAACUCGUGCUGCUGAUGUGUUUCAUUUCUUAAUUGAAACCUUUUUGUGGAAUGGCAAUUGAGACGUUUCAGUUUUGUACAGAGAUGAAUAAUUUUUUUUCCGAAUGUGAAGCGAAAUUAGAUAUUUCCGUUUUUGUUGUAGAUAUGCAGUGUUUGCGUGGACUUGAUUGUAACCCAUGCCUGACUUAUUUAUUUAGCCAUGAUUCAGGAACCUAAUGGUGUCAAUGCAAAGAACAUUUAAAAAAAUAUAUAUUAACAUGUUUUUACUAGUAGAGGAUCUAAAUUUACUUAGGCUUUAACUGUUUUUUUUUUUAUUUCAGGAGAAGAUUCAAUUCACAUUCUAAGAGAUAUUAGGUCUAGAAUUUGGUGCACAUAUAGGAAGAAUUUCUCAGCAAUUGGUGGGUAAAAUAAUUUAAUUUUUGUCUUGAAAAUGAGAUGUCAAUGAGUUGUCAACCUUAUCAUCAGCCCCUUGAACUCUGGUUCAAGAGGUCCAAGCCUAUGUGUUAUUUCACCUGUCAAUAUAAUUGGCUCCCAGAAAAUAAAAAAGUUAGAAAAAAACUGAAAAAUUCUUGCUGGUGGCUUGAGAGAGACAGUUAUCCCAAUGUUCACAGUUAAAUGCCUUGUACUAAAGAAACAAGGUCAAGAUUUGACAUGACUGUUGACUGGUGUGUAUGACUAGGUGUCACAUUUUUUUUGUCCCUUUUGGCUAUUUAUAAUUCUUCUUGUCUGUCCCACAGGAGGCACAGGGCCAACUGCUGACAGUGGCUGGGGGUGUAUGCUGCGAUGUGGACAAAUGAUUCUUGCAGAGGCUUUGAUUUACAGACAUCUCGGAAGAGGUCAGACUUCCUUGAAUUCUCUUGAAACCAUAAUUAUAUAUGAUAACAAGUAUAACACAAUGAAAGUUGUAGUAACCUAACCCUUAGCACCACUACAAGCUAUCUAAAAACAGAAACUUUCUCUCAUCCACUUAGUGGCCACAUAGGAUAGCCUACAUUGUAAUCAAAGACAAUAUUUUUUAGCAAAAGCAAAUUGUUGUUUAAAACUGCAAAAUUCUGUUGUUGAUCAGUUAUCAAUUUUCACUCUCAGUUUAUUGAUUAGCAUCACUUAACAUGAAAUAUGUUCAUUGGAUAUUUUGUGAAGUGUUGAUUGGGCUAUUUAUAGAUUUUCCUCUUCUCAUACAGGCUAAAAAUUAAAAGAACCUAUAAUGUUUUUUUUUAUACUUUAUAGACUGGCAGUGGGAGCCUGAUGCCAAUAAUGUUGUUUACAUGCAGGUAUAUUAACCCUUUCACUUUCAAGAUCUGCAGCCUAAUUCUCCUUACUAUUUUCUAUACCUUUCAUUUAAUGUUUGUUCAGAGAAUUACGUGUUGACUUAAAUUAAUUGUGGGAUUGAUAUUUUUUUCUUUUUUUUCUCAUUGCCACCCUCCUUGAUAUGCAAGGGAAAUGACUUCUUAGUCAUUCCCAGGAGUUAAAGGGUUAACUAGGACUUUCUCCUUAUCAAUAUGUAAAUUAAGUUAAAGGUGGAAUAUUGGUUUUUAGUACUGUGACAUAAAUGUGUGAUAGAUGACAGUAAUUGAAUUUAUUAUGUAUGAUUAUUAGAUUUUACAGAAUUUUCUGGACAAGAAAGAUAGUUUAUAUUCCAUCCAUCAGAUAGGUGGGUGAAACACGACAAUGAUAAAUUUUAUAACUCCUUUAAGUACAAAAUGGAAUGAUGAACUCUUGACGCAAACUGAUAUUUACUGAUAUAUUUUACUGAUCUUUACAAAAAUUAAAAAAUCUUUUAUUCUGAUAUCAGCUCAAAUGGGUGUAUCUGAAGGCAAAUCUGUGGGGAGUUGGUUUGGACCAAACACUGUUGCACAAGUACUCAAGUAAGGUCACACUCUCAGUCCAGAUUGUACAGCCCUACUCUGUACAGAUAUAUUAUAACAGUUUCCUAGUUUUGGAUGUGCCACAACAUAGAAUUUUAAAAUUGUUUAUUUUUUUAAUUUGUUAUGUGCACUCUUAGGACACAAUGCUUUAUACUAACUGUUGCAUGAUGGAUUUACAUUUUAAAAUCACUUGAUCAAAUUAUGGUUCUUCUUGAUCUGCAGAAAACUAAUGUGCUUUGAUGACUGGAGUUCCCUGUGUAUUCAUAUUGCCAUGGACAACACUGUUAUAGUUAAUGAUAUUAGUGAGUUUUAACAGUAAUUAUUCUUUAUAACAUAAAUGAUUUAAUUUGAAAUGUCUUUGGCUGAUUCUUUUGUUGGCCUUUCCUGUGCCUUUCUUGAAGGUGGGUAUAAAGGUUUUCUGGAAUCACACAAUUAUUGUUCUAGUGUUAUUCUAAAUCAUUGCAUGAUGUUAUAUUUAAGGAUAGAAACUGAUGUGAAAAGCAAGUUAUUUAACCUUUCUGUGCAAGGACACCCAAGAGAUCUCAAAAAAUAUCCACACAAGCAAAGAUUUCUAUCAAACAACAUUCAGUUCUACGCUAAUCUUCAAGUGUAAAUAACCUUUUUAUUCCUUUAGAAACUCUUUGCAAAAGAGAUUCACCAACAAAGACUCAUGGAGAAGCAACAAGCUACAGCCAUACAUCAGCCGGGGUUGGAAGACAGAGAGGAGCAGCAGGUGGAUCAGACACAAAGGAUGGCACAAAACACAGACGACAGGGCUGGAGACCUCUUUUAUUGUUUAUACCACUUAGAUUAGGGUUGUCAGAGAUGAAUUCUGUUUAUAAUGAGCCAUUUAAGGUGGGUACAAUAAUUUUUCACCUACUGUAUGAUUGAUUGUUAAAUCAAAGGCUGUAAUGACCAAAAUGUUCCUGUCUGUAUGGCAGAUGACAAGAUAGAGGCUUUGUUUUCAAUACCAUAAAAGUCUGAAGAAAAUUAUUCUGAAAAUUACAGAUAGCUCCAAGAGGAUGAAAUGGAUUUGACUUGGUCACAAGGUGACCUGUUCCUCUCUCUUUCUACCCAAAUUGGAAUUUUAUCAUUAUUAUUAAAUUGCUUGAUUAACAGUGUGGUGUCAGUAUACAUAUGACUUGCCUUCUGCACUGCCUCCCCACCUUGCUGUCUAGGAGUGUAAUCUUGGUUAUGUUGUAAUGAGUGUGGGUAUUCUGUGACAGACUAGCUUGAGUAUGGAUGGGAAGUAGAAUUACUGACUAAAAAGUCACUCAAUGAUGAGAGAAUUGGGAUAAGCUCCAGCCAUUGUAUGCCAUUAUGUGUGUCCCGUAGGCUGCAAUGCAAAAUUAUUUAGGCCAUGAGCAGUCUCCUUUUCUCAGCAUUGUCCAUUGAACAAACAUCAUAGUUUGUAAAAAUGAAAUUCAGAGCCAUUCGAGAUCUGGAAAUGGGUUGGUGCUCUUUUUCCUUGUUUAUUUUUGUGAGGUACCAAUGCAAAUUCCUUUCACUUACACACUAGAAAACUUAGAAGAAAGCAUUUAUUGUACUCUUAAAGUGAUGACUUUUGUUGUUUUUCAGUCUUGUUUUACAUUUAGGCAAUCAGUGGGCGUUAUUGGAGGAAAACCCAACCAUGCGUAUUACUUUAUAGGAUAUUACGGUAACUAUUUUUAAAUGUUCUGUUACUACAGUGUUUUUCAGCAAGUGAUUAGAGGCAGUCCAAAGAUCUGAAGAGGGGUUGUUUGCACAUUCAAACAUACGAUUAUUUUAUCCUUCAGUGGAAUCUAUUUCUUAAGUUUUACUUAAUUGCAUUUACGUUUUUGUCAUCCCCGUGUGACAUUGGUAACGUUUCCAGAUUGCUUACUUGAAGAUGACUCACUUUCUCAUAUUUCCUCUGACUAAAGGAAAUACUCUAUUGUAUCUCGACCCCCACACGACGCAACAGGCUGUGAACCCGGAGAAAUUGAGUCAAAUCCCAGAUGAGGUAAGAAUGUUGGUGUUCCGCACGAAACGCUUGUAGUGAAUACUGUGUACGUAUUCUUAGGUUUGCACGAAAAGGAAUAAAAACGCCAUCGUACUGUUAUGGUGGUCUGAGUCGAGAAAAGAAAAGAUAUCUUUAAUGAGCCCUAUCAACUGUCAUUUAACAAGCUUCCCCGUUCGUUAUAGAGGAGAGCCCCUCUUAACUUAAUACGGGAUGAGGAGAUUACAUGCGACGUGGGAGACACGCAUCAAACUUUUCUCAAAGGGAACUCUCGCUUGUUACACUUUAGUUUUGUUUUUACCUUCUAGAAAACUAGCAACAUCACGGUUUUCAUUAAACUAAGACUUUACUUCGGCAAUUACUCAAACUGGCUGUGUUUGUUGUACUUACAGAGUUAUCACUGUGCAUAUCCGAGCAGGAUGAACAUCGCAGAUUUAGACCCAUCCAUCGCUUUGGUAAGGAAAACAUUAAAUUCUGAAGUCUCUAGAACAUCGUGGCAUCCUAUAUCCAACGUUUGGCGCUUCUUUAAAAAAUGUAAAAGCAGGGUUAAACCUUUUAAGAAUGUGCGUGCGGCUUGCAGACACAGUUCCGCAACUAGCGCGUUAACAAUGGCAAAUCUCGUCAGUCUUAUUUGCAUCAAUCCGCGAGAGGUUUUCCUGAACUUAAGUAGUGACCGUGUAGUGGAAGCAGUGGUGAAAGUUUAUAUUCUAAACAAGUCAGGUAACUUGCACUGAACGUAAGUUGAACGAAUUUAUAAAAGUCUUUAGCCGUUGCUAACGAACAGAGUCCCCAGUUCUGUGUUAAUGACUUAGAGAUCCCUCUACUUGGAGUUUUUACGCUGAUUACUGAAGAUUAUUUUUUUGCGUUUUGCGCCUUUACUAUGAGUUUAAUACCUCACGAUUUCCGUGCAGAAGACCUCACUUGGCAUAAUACUUCUGAUUUCAAGCUUGAUCAUUGUCUAAUCCUCUUGAUACUUAUGUAGCCCCUGUGCUGUUUCAAGAAGUGUUCAGAUUUCCACACCUUUCUCCGAUUUGAUAUGCUUAAGAAACUUUCUAUUUCCAGGCAGAACUUCUUGUUACAAGACAAAAAAAAACAAAAUUUGAUUUGAGAAACUAUGCCUCGUGAUAGCUUCCAGUGUGUCAGAGAGCUCGGCAUUUAUGUAUUGAUUAUUAUUUUGCGCGCUCACCGAACAAAGCUGAAAAACAGGAACUGAUUGUGGUUUUAUGCGAGAUAACAGGGGUGGGGGUACAUACAUUUUCCCCGCAUAUUGAGAUAUGGAUAGUGACUGAAGGUAGUGUAGUGGAUCGGGAAAGGGAGGGGGGGGGUGUCACUAAAAGAUGUGCUUCAUAAGGCUCUUUUACCGGUCUAUUAGAGUAGCUAUCCGAGGUAGCAUUGUACAAAUACCAGAUUAGUGUCUCGUCUUUAAUGUUCUGUGUGCUUUGCAGGGAUUUUUCUGCCAUUCAGAAGAAGACUUCGAUGACUUAUGUCUGCAAAUUCAUAAGGUAUGUUUUUUUUUAAAAAAAAAAACUUAUUUGUCUGUUCUGAAGAGAGCGGCUAGCGGGGCUUGGCAUACAGCAGUAAGGUAAUCUGUAAGGAAUAUAGUUGGUUCUAUCGCGGCCAGGCUGAUGUAUUUUGUACUGAAAUGACAUCUUCUUUCCUUGGUAGCAUAUCCAUUCCGGACACAGGAGACCCAUGUUUGAGCUAGCAGCUGUCAGACCACCUCACUGGCCGUCAUUAGAAAUACCGCAGAGACCUGGUGACGAAUUGAACCGCAGCCAGCAGUCUGGUAAGAUAGUGUGCCAGUCACGUAACGAGAGUUUACUUAUUUAGCAAGCUGAAACUAAGUAACACGUAUUUUCUUUGUCUUCUUUUUCCUGUUAGAUUUUACUGAGCUUUCUUACGAGUCCGACGAUACAAAGGAAUUUGAUACAGAUGGAGAAUAUGAAAUUCUGUAAACCCG